AUGGUUGCUCUAAGCAAUCACCCCAUCAGGGCCCUAUCACCCAUCACCGAGCUUACCACGCCCACCUCCCUUCGAACACUCAGAUUACCUCUCGACGAGGGGGAUUACCAAUCGGAACGAAAUCCACUCUCGCAUCAUGACCCAGAUGAAGAAGAGGACGAUGCAAGUGUAUACUCCCAACUGUCAGCUGAGACUGUACGUAACCACUCACAACCCCAACAACUUAGUACUCCGACUAGACAGAGGACAUUAUCCUUACCCGUCACACCUACUCCACCACCUCGCUCCCCUCAUCGACUAAAUUGGAACACUUCAAAUACCUCCAUGAGCAAUUCGGUACUCUUCCCACAACCUCAGCCUGCACCUGGUGGCCUUCCGCCCCCACCUAGGGCGCAGGUAUCUACGAAACCGAAAUUGAUCAGGAGGGUUACACCGCCCCCUGCUUCGCCGCUGCUCAAGGGGAAUGACAAUGAGAAUGCAGCUAGACGAGAUGUGAUUGCAAGUAAUAUGGCAGGAGUAGGAGCUGGACGGUCCCUUUCGCAAGAGGGCAGAGCUAGACCGAUUGGAGUGGUUGAUGGAGGUUCGCCUAAGAGGGCUUCUUCUAAUACCUAUUCACACUUAGAUCUUCAUAAUGUCCCCCUUCUCGAUUUCCCUUUGACUUCUAAACAACCUCUCACACCACCACGAAGUAGACCUAACAGUCUCAAGAAGCGACCUAAAUCGUACCAUGGUUCAAGAACUAAUAGCAUCAGAAGUCGGCCCAACAGCUUUCAUGGCAGUCCAUCGAAAGGCAAUUCAACUACUAGUCUGGUAAAUCCGGCUCUCGGAUUGGAUCCCAUUACCACACCAAUGCAUGUGCAGGCUGAAGUCCUAGUAGUCAAUCCUCUCGAAUCUGGUCAUACUUCCAAACAAAGUGCUCGUCCCACUCUGGUAACACGUCAAUCCGAAUCAUCUCUUCCUUCACGAGCUCAGUCUGCCCGAUCUGCCACUCCAACCAAAAAAUCUCCUCGACGGAGACGAGUAUCGUCCAUUUUCUCAUCUAUCUUUGGAACUAAUGAAGAUAAGGAUAAAGAACAUGUGGCUAGAAAAUCAUCGAGAAAUAGUAGGAAAACUAGCGGGUCUGGGAUGUCUUCAAGAGGUCCUUCACCUUCACUCAGCUCACCAAUCUUAUCAGACUCACCUGUUCAGGAAGACCCGAUGGGACCUAUUCAAUCAGCGAUCAGAACUUCAGGAACGUUUGGUAUAAGGGAUGAUGGAUCGGAACUUUCGGCCUCCGCACCUGGAUAUAUCGGUUCUCCACCUAGACAUACGUUCGAUAGGACUGGUAGUGGUAAUGGAUCGGUUACGACCCAAUCCGAAGGAGUCAAGAGGGUCUUAUACGUGGAGAACGUAAUCAGUACAGCUGAAAAGGAAGAGGGGGAGAAUGUUAUUGGAACCGACAUUACAGAAUCAAGAGAAGCUUUGGGUGAUAGUGGACAAGGAAGUCAUAGUACAGCUACCGAUCAUCGUACACCGCCGCAUUCUAAGGUCACACCUAUCGCUAUGGUCGGACUUCUCCCUCCAAAUGGCCCACAUCAGCCUCUACCUCAUGCCAGUCCCGAGCUGUUACCACAUGAUCCCUCUUUCGGUAGAAGUAUGAGUCUCAGUCCCAACGGCUCAGGUCCCUCCCGGAGCAAUUCAACUUCGAGUGACUAUCACCGAGCGAACAUACUUCUGAAUCAAGGUAGAUUGGUGUAUACUCCCACAUCUAUCGAUAUGCACCAUUCGUCUAGCUCUCAUCUACCACUAAGCGGUAUACCAGAGAACAUGGUAGACGAGUCGAUCCAAACUUCCCUACAGUCCUCUCCAGCGAAAUCAACAAGAUCUCGGCCCCUUCCUCGCCCUCCCUCAACCACAACUUCGCCAAUAGCCACUACGAGACCGACGUUCAUCCCUCCCCUUCCACCUAGUACGGUCCCAACAACUGAACUGCCACUUCUCAUUGCCAGUCACCUACUAUCCACUCAUGCUGCGGCAUUACUAAGACACUCAAGUAGUAUAAAGGAGGUCAGUGAGACUAUGCAUAAGAUGGCGAGAGAAAGUUUGGAUUGGGGAGGCGUUUUGAUGGGAAUGGCUCAACGGAAUGAAUCGGUUGAUGGCCUACCUAGGAUCUCCGAAAAUCAACCUCAACAUGCAGGAGGUUAUGAGGGUAUACCUCUGCCAAACCCCGCAGCUGCGUUUGAUCGACCAGAUUUACCAAGAUCUGCGACCUAUAUGAAUUAUGGUUCUGCUCAUGCCGCACCUACUCCCACUCAAGAUCCAAUACAACAAGCGUACAACGCCCUGAAUGGCGAUACUCCUACUCUCCGAAAUAUCCCUCCUCGAUCACACGUUAAUAGCACUCAGCCGCCCAAACCAGAAGUUAGAAGGAGAAAAGGGGAAUCUUUACCUGCUGAUUUGCUCAAAGAAGCUCAGAGAUUAGGUGACGAAGGAUGGACUAAUCUGCAUAAAGCCGAAGAAGCUUGGAGUGAAGCCAUGCGAGGUUUGGCCGAAAUCAUCAGAUCGCAAGCUGCCGACCAGUCCAAUCAACCCGACCAAAUACAGGGGAACGGUGAGAGCACAGGAUAUAGAUUAGGUAUCGCAUCUAUUGUACCUACCAUUGGAGGAUACUCACCUUCACCUUCCAGCGAUCAUGUUAAUCCGAGAUAUACAAUGCCCACGCCACUCUCACCUGUUCCUACUGCCUUAUCUUACCCACUCGGAUCACCCAAUACGGUCCAUAGACAUACUUCCAUGUCUUUCUUACCUGAUGAUGGAGAUAUGCGAUCACCUGUCCCACUUACACCUUCAGCAAGCUCACAUAGUCAUAGUCAUAUGUCAUUUCCAAAUGGUAUACCUCAACUGCAGGGCCAUCCGUUCCAGAAUGCUUUAAAUAGUGUUACACCUAUUCCACCACCUAUGAUGAAAAGGGAUGAAGAUCAUAGUCAACGUACGCUCAAACUUAGAAUGCGACCUCAUUCCACUCAACCUAUCCCUACUGGAUCACAAGGGUAUACCCCUGAACAUCUAGGAUUUAAUUCUGCCGUACCCAUACCCGUCCCUAGUCCUAGUACCGCUCCUCUAUCUUCGAGUGUAGGUAUGGAUGAUGGGAGGGAUAAGAUGACUCCUUCUAGAAGUACUAUGAAUACUCCAUCCAAUUCCCCUCAUAGUCACGGACAGAACCAAGGUGUUGGUGAAAGUACGAUCAGAGGUACGACCCGAAGGAAGUUAGCAAAGAAACAACCUCCCCCUCCCCCUUCCUCAUCUUCGAAAAUUCUGGGGACUGUAGGUGAAAGUGGGAGUGCAGCUGGAUCGUUCAUGGCUAGCGAGAAUGGGUCAAUGAAGAAAAAUAAACAUUGGUGGAAUAGAAAAAAAGGUGAAUAA